UUGGCAAUGACAAAUUUAGUCAACACUGUUUUGAAUACAUCCAUAUUCUAUACCCUUAGCGGCUUUUUAAUUAAAAACAUAUUAAUUAAUAUAUUUACAUUAUUUAUAUAACAGAUUUUUCUUUAUAUACCUCAUAAACAAAACUUCCUAAAAUAUUUUUCAAUAAUGUCUGAUACAGAGAUCGUACAAAGUAAAUCAGAAGAAGCUUCGAGUGAUUUCGUAGAAGAUGGAAGUAACAAAUUGGUUGUAAAAUGCAAAUUUUGUGGUUCGAAAAUAUUAGAAAAGAAAACUGGAAAGUUUGUAGUACAAGAGAUGAAUCUACCUCUAAUGCAUCAAGACACUAGAAAAGAAGGUGAAUUACAAUCAGAAAAGAUAACUGAAUUCUAUCAUGUAGAAAACAUGUAUACAUUUGAGAACAUAGGAUUCACUCUCACCGUCGAUAAUUACAAGUACCUGAGCUGUGCCGACUGUGAUGCGGGGCCGGUCGGAUACUACGACAUGAACACGAAACAUAGUUAUGUAGCAUUAUCUAGAGUAGAACACGCUUAGUUCUAGAAGAAAAUAGAAUAAUAUAUAUUCUAUAAGUUUGAAUUACUAUGAUAUACAUAAAGUAAUUGUUUUAUACACAACAGAUGUGUACAAUUUUAUUUGACAUCAUACAAUCUGUGUAAUUAUGAAUAAUAAUUAUGCAUACAUGCAAUAAGCUUGUUGAAUUACAGAUAGGAGUUGAUAUUUUUUAUGCAUAUUAUGCUUUAUUUUGUUGUAUAAUAAGGCCAUAUAUUUUAAUAGGUCCUAUGGUCUGAUAUUUUAAGGUCUUGGCCUUAUAUUAAACCUGUUUUUAUAAAAAGGACACUAUUUAAAUAUGAAAAGUUUUAUUUUUGCUCAUUCUAUUCAUUCCAAAUGGAUGUUACUAAAUAAAAAACAUAUUUGAUACUUAAAAUAUUUAUUUUAUCAUACAGUUCUGUGGGAUAUAUUUUAAGUUAUAAUUUUAAUAAUGAACUGGUCAUGCGAAAUGUGCUUUUUUUUAAGCUUUGAUAACUUUUAUUCAGUAUAUUUUGCUCUUAGAUAAGUUUAAAUUGACUUAAAAGAGAUUGUAUACUACUUUUAUAUCAAUAAAUUUUUUUUAACAAAUCA